GGCAACACUGACAACGACGGUCCUGCAAUCGACUCUAGUCUGCAUGAUGUGGAAACGUCAAUCAAAAAGUAAACAGCUGUUGCAAGGUCGUGAAUCAGCAAAUUAUUCUUUACGGUGAUUAUAUUACUUUGUGAAAUUGAUUAUAUUACGUUGUGAGAUUAUAAUUAAUCUUAAAUUUACAGCCUCUAAUCUAAAUUCCUAAUAAGCGUGAAUUCAUCUAUACCUAUAUUAGCUAGUGUUUAAUCCUAAAAAUUGUAAGUGCUGGAAUCGAAUUUUGCCUAUGUUACAUGCUAAUGAAUUGAAAAAUUUAUAGAAACUAGAAAACACCAAUAGCCAGCCUAGUGGGAAAACGAUCGCUCUCCACUAUCCUAAUAAGUACACCAAAUUUCUAAAAGCAUUCACACUCAAACCACACAGUGUUGCUAUUUGGAGUUGGUGACAUAACCCAACAUAUCUUUUAGAAAUUUGUUCGGGUAUCGAUAGUAAUGUCAGAUCGUGAGAAAUCCCCUAGAAACUGCCAGUCCUGUUCACGGAGGGACUCAGCAGAGAGUGAGAUGGUGCAGUGCAAAUCCUGCAAACUCUGGGAGCAUUUCGGAUGCGCCGGUGUCGACGAACAGAUUCGCCGGGCUGAUGCCACGUACAUCUGUGAGCGAUGUGCACUACCAGGGGUUUCCAACGACGACCAUCUCAACGUCCCCUUCGUCGAAUCACGCUCCAAAGGAAUGAAGGCAGGUUCAAAGGCGAGUUCCAAGGGCGGCUCGAAAAAAGGAAAGAAAAUUCUCGACCCAACCGGCAGCGUGACGUCAAGCGUGCGGGUGGCAAUGCUAGCGGAACAGCUGAAGCUCGUCGAAGAACAACAAGUCUUGGAGGAACAGGAACUGAAGGAACAAGAAGAGAUUAAAAAACGCCUUCUGGAAGAAGAAGAACGUCAGUUGGAGGAGAAGAAAAGGCUCGCAGAGGAGUCCAAACAGAUCCGUGAGCGUAAGUUGCAGGACGAACUAGAAGCAAAACGGAAACAACAGCAAGUAAGGAGAGAGUCAUUCGAAAAGCGUCAAGAGAUCAUCAGACAAAUGGCCGAAGCGAGCAGCAGAAGUGGAUCGAUUGUGAGCUCCGGCCAAAAAGUUCGUAAUUGGCUGAAUGAACAAGGUACUGGAAGAUCUGAGGGGAAUAAUGUUGGAGAAGUUAUUGGUCCCAACAUCAACCGGAUUCCCGAAGACCCGUUGGAAGUACUUAAUCAGACGCGACAGUCUGUGGCACGGAAUCUCGCAAACACGCAACCGCCUCUACCUGAAACACGGAAUCCUGCUAUACCGUUACCGUCACCCGCACCCAUACCUACACACUCAGGUCGUAUGCUAUCUCAGGAGCAGAUCGCGGCGAGGCAGGUUCUUGGAAAGGAUCUUCCAAACUUCGACGGAAACCCAGAGGAUUGGCCGGUCUUCAUAAGUAACUAUGAACAAUCAACGACCACCUGCGGAUACUCGGAUGCUGAGAACCUUGUCCGACUCCAACGAUCGCUCAAAGGAAAUGCUCUAGAGUCAGUGAAGAGCCGUCUACUCCUGCCGGCUAGUGUGCCACACGUAAUACAAACCCUGCGUACCCUUUUCGGCAGACCGGAGUUGCUCAUUAGGUCGAUGUUGAACAAAAUUCAUCACAUUCCACCACCUAGACACGACCGCCUAGAAACGCUGAUGCACUUUGGUCUGGCAGUGCAGAAUCUGGUAGACCAUUUAAAAGCAGCAAACCAAUACACCCACCUAAUGAACCCGAUGCUCAUGCAGGAGCUGGUGGAAAAACUACCCGGAUCACUUCGUUUAGAUUGGGCUGUUUUCAAAAAUAAAUAUCAAACUGCUACGCUGGAGACUUUCGGGGAAUUCAUGUCGGGGUUGGUGACGGCGGCUAGUGAAGUAUCUUUCACACUUCCGGGGGCUUACUCGAGCCAGAAACAUGCCACUGCAACGGACUCGCGGAGCGGAAAACAAAAGACUGGAAACACCGGAAUACUUCAAGCUCACUCGACAGACGAUCAACACCUCAUUCAGGAUGACAAUACCACCCCACGCUUCAAAUACGAGAAGCCAUGUCUUGCUUGUGGUCGAGCAGGGCACAGGGUCGCCGAAUGUCAGCAGUUCAACGGAGCAAGCGUUGACGAGCGUUGGGAGUUAGUGCAAAAGAAAGGGCUCUGCCGAACGUGUCUAAACAGCCACGGUAAAUGGCCAUGUCGGUCUUGGAGCGGAUGUGCAGUGGAGGGAUGUCGUCAAAGGCAUCAUACGCUUCUUCAUUCUACUACACCAUUGGAAAACGUGAAUAUCUCGCCCAGUCACGUCACAUCCGGUGGAUUUGAAUGGCCACUUUUUCGCAUCGUUCCAGUGGUAUUAUAUGGCCGUAAUUCUUCCCAGACGAUCUACGCCUUUAUAGAUGAGGGCUCGUCGUACACUCUGCUUGAAGACUCAGUAGCGAAGCGACUGGGUGUUAGUGGUACGGUAGAACCGUUGACACUGAAGUGGACAGGCGAUGUAACUCGGGUCGAAGCAAAAUCACAGAUUGUACAAUUCGAUAUAUCCGGCAAACGCGUUAAUUCUCGCUAUACUAUUACCCAUGCUCGCACCGUGGACCGUUUGGUCCUGCCAACCCAAACCAUGGAAUAUAAGGAUCUUGCACGUCGUUUCCCGCACCUACGUGGAUUGCCAAUCGAAGACUACGAGUUAAUUCAGCCAAAAAUACUCAUUGGACUCGAUAAUCUCAGGUUGGCCGUCCCACUGAAGCUACGAGAAGGUGGGCCGCUGGACCCUAUCGGCGCAAAAUGCCGGUUAGGAUGGAGCGUAUACGGUUGUGUUCCGAAUCAAGCAGCUCAUUCGUCGGUCGUGGGGUUUCAUGUGAAAGCAUCAUCUGAUUCAGACCAAGAAAUCAAUGACCUUCUGCGCGACUAUUUCACCUUGGACAAUGUUGGUGUCAUCGACCAAAGCAAUCUUAUCGAAUCGGAGGACGAGAAACGCGCUGGUCUGCUGCUGAAAGAGACCACUCAACGUACGCUAUCAGGCACGAACUUCGAAACUGGUCUACUAUGGAGGACCGGUAAACCGAACUUUCCAGACAGUUACCCCAUGGCCUUGCGACGUUUAGAAUCGCUAGAACGUCGGCUCAAACGUGAUCCCAGUUUGCAGGAGUCUGUUCGAGAUCAAAUAGCGGAUUAUGAGCGCAAAGGUUAUACUCACCGGGCUAGUCUGACAGAACUAACGUCGGUGGAAUCAAGCCACGUAUGGUAUCUACCACUGGGUGUUGUUACCAAUCCUAGAAAACCAGGCAAAGUACGGCUGAUCUGGGACGCAGCCGCAAAAGUUGGAAACACCUCUUUCAAUUCCCAACUUCUCAAAGGUCCAGAUCUGCUGACUCCUCUCCCAAAGGUUUUGUACCAAUUUCGACAAUAUCCAGUGGCGGUGACCGGUGACAUAAUGGAAAUGUUUCACCAGAUUAAGAUUCGCAGUCCAGAUUGCCAGUCUCAACGUUUCCUGUACCGAGAGAAUACGAUGGACAUCCCUAAGAUCUACGUGAUGGACGUAGCAACCUUCGGUUCAACCUGCUCCCCGGCGUCGGCACAAUACGUGAAGAACCUCAACGCAGAAGAGAACGCCGCAGAAUACCCUCGAGCAGCGGAGGCCAUUGUAAAAAGGCACUACGUUGACGACUAUUUAGAUAGUUUCAAGUCGAUUUCGGAGGCAGUAAGUGUUGUAAACGAAGUGAAAUUGGUACACGCUAAAGGCGGAUUCACCCUCCGUCGAUUUCUGUCCAACGUACCAGAGGUCUUGCAAGGUAUUGGGGAGGAGUUGCAGACCGAAAUGAAGGACCUAGAUCUUGAGCGAGCAGGUAAGAUUGAAUCGGUUUUGGGAAUGAAGUGGGUUCCAGAUUCGGACAUUUUCAUCUAUACUUUCGGCGCCCGAGAAGACAUCCUUAAAAUCCUGCACACUGAUCACGUUCCUUCAAAGCGAGAAGUUGCCAGGGUAGUGAUGAGUUUGUUCGAUCCACUCGGGCUCAUCUCCUACCUCCUGGUUCAUGGAAAAGUCCUAAUUCAAGAGCUUUGGGCGAAAGGAACUGAUUGGGACCAACAAAUUCCCCAAGACACGAAUAUGCGCUGGCGACAGUGGGCAGACUCGUUAAAGCAACUGGAUCGGCUCCGCAUACCACGAUGCUACUUCCCCUCUAACCAUCCACCUAGUUUCAUCCGUCUACAAAUUCAUUUGUUUGUAGAUGCUAGCGAUUCAGCAUAUGCAGCGGUUGUAUACUUCCGGCUGCAGACCGAACAAGACACGCAAGUGGCGCUUGUCGGUGCCAAAACCAAGGUGGCUCCACUGAAGGCUUUAUCGAUACCAAGGCUUGAACUUAAGGCAGCUGUUCUUGGUACCCGUCUGUUAGAAACAAUUCAAAAUCAACACACGUAUCCAGUAAGCCAACGCUUUUGUUGGACCGAUGCAAACACCGUCCUGGCAUGGAUUCGUGCUACUGAUCAUCGCCGUUACCACAAAUUCGUCGCUGUUCGAGUGGGAGAGAUUUUGUCGUCCACGCAACAGUCAGAAUGGCACUGGGUUCCAUCAAAAAUGAACGUUGCGGACCUGGCCACCAAAUGGAACAGUGAUCCACAAGCAAUGACCGUCGGUCCAUGGUUUCACGGACCGUCCUUUCUAUUUGAACCCGAAUCACACUGGCCCAAGCAAAAAGAAACCACCUCAACAGAAGUGGAACUUCGUCCUGCUCACUGCAACUUAGCUCACUUCUCAUCAAGUUUUUUGCUUGACAAAAUCAACAAGUGGUGCAAACUGCUACGUGUAUCUGCCUACGUGUUUCGUUGGAUCGAUAACCUCCGAAGGCGUAGAAACGGCGAGAAUCUGGAACUCGGUCCAAUCACCUGCGAUGAACUUCACAACGCCGAAGAAGCCCUGCUCAAGAUGGCUCAAAACGAAUGUUAUGCAGAGGAAAUUUCUACCCUUAGUAAAACGCAGGGUCCACCAGAGAUGCGGCAUCCUACUGUAAGCAAGUCCAGUACCAUCUAUAAGAAGUAUCCAUUCCUGGACGAUUCGGGAGUUCUGCGUAGUCGGGGACGAAUCGGCGCCGCACCGUAUGCUUCUUUCGAUGCUAAGUUUCCCAUAAUACUCCCAAAACGACACACGAUUACCUUUCUAAUUGUUGAUUGUUAUCAUCGGCGUUUACGACACGCCAAUCGUGAAACCGUGUUCAAUGAGAUCCGCCAACGUUACGAAAUACCCACACUUCGUCGGCUACUGGACAAGGUUCAACGAGCUUGCGCGCUUUGCCGCAUUGCGAAAGCUAACCCAAGGCCGCCGGUCAUGGCAUCGCUUCCUGAAAUGCGUUUGACGGCUUUCAUUCAACCCUUCACGUAUACGGGUGUGGACUAUUUCGGUCCAAUCUUGGUAAAGUUGGGCAGGAGCAACGUGAAGCGCUGGGUGGCGCUCUUCACCUGCCUUACCGUCAGAGCGGUACACAUGGAAGUAGUACAUUCACUAAGCACUAUUUCAUGCAUCAUGGCUGUUCAACGAUUUGUGGCUCGUCGCGGACAUCCAAGAGAGUUCUGGUCCGAUAAUGCCACGUGCUUUCAAGGUACUAGUAACGAACUAGAAGCGCACAACCGAGCUUUGGUCGAAAAGUUCACUACCUCUCAAUGCUCAUGGAAGUUUAUACCCCCUUCGACUCCCCACAUGGGGGGUGCGUGGGAGAGACUUGUUCGUUCAGUGAAAGUAGCUAUCGGAGCUGUUCUGGAGAGUUCACGCAAGCCUGACGAUGAAGUGUUGGAAACUAUACUCAUUGAAGCAGAAGGGAUGAUAAACUCGAGGCCGCUCACUUAUAUACCACUUGAGUCAGCCGAUCAGGAAGCAUUGACGCCUAAUCAUUUUCUGCUGGGCAACUCAUCUGGAGCAAAAUUUCUUCCCAACGGCCCACUGGAUGAUCACGUGAACCUUAGAAAAAGUUGGAACAUGGCAAGAUGCAUUGCAGAUGAAUUUUGGCGUAGGUGGCUCAAAGAGUAUCUACCAAUGAUUACUCGUAGAUGCAAAUGGUUUGAGGAUGUGAAGGACUUGCAAGUAGGCGAUUUAGUACUGCUGAUUGACGGAAAGACGAGGAAUCAAUGGGUUCGAGGACUGGUUGAAGAGAUCUACCCCGGGCGAGACGGCAGAGUACGGCAAGCGCUAGUACGGACAUCGUCGGGAAUUGUGCGUAGAUCAGCAGUGAAGCUGGCUGUAUUAGACGUCAAAGAGAAUAGUAAACCUGCCGUCGGUUCAACUGAAGUUCUAAACCCUCACCAAGGUUUACGGGCGGGGGUAUGUUAUGGCAACACUGACAACGACGGUCCUGCAAUCGACUCUAGUCUGCAUGAUGUGGAAACGUCAAUCAAAAAGUAA